UGGAUUAACUUUGUGCUCAUCAACUGCACAUAAAUAGAUACAAAUCCUUGGUAAAGAUAAAAGUGCACUUGAGAGUUGACUGCGUCUGCUGUUUUGGUGACUGAAGGAUUUACUGUAUACAACCUCUGACUUUGACAGAGAAACCGAAUGAAAAUGAAGUCCUGGUUUCUCUUAGCCAUUUGUUUGACAUGGCUGGGAGUUUCUCAAAGCAGACCUGGGGGAAAGCUAGAAAGCCUCUCUGAAGAGACCCUGAAAAAGUUGUCUAUAGAUGGAGAAAAGUUUGUGGAUGAAGAGGUGAAGAGGGCUUUAUUUGGUGUCAAACAGAUGAAGGAAAUCGUGGAACAAAAUGAAGAGAAACAUGAACACCUGAUGAAAUCUUUAAGACGUAGUAGUGAGAAGAAGCAGGGAGCUCUUCAACUUGCUGAGGAGGUGAAACAAAAGCUAGAAGAGGCCAAGGACCAGUGUCAAUCAUCCUUAAAGACUUCCUGGGAUGAAUGCAGGCCUUGCCUUGAAGUCACCUGCAAAUCAUUCUACACCUCUAAUUGUCGCAGAGGCUUUUCCACAUUUUCUAGCAAGGUAGAGACCUUUUUCAGAGAAAUGUCACCGCUAUUCAUCAAUUCUCAUGAAAACAAAGACCUUGUGGUAAAUCAGGACCCAGAAAGCGUUGAUGUGAAAGUGGUACAGAUUGAAGAUUAUUUUAACAAAAUGAUUUCUGAAGUGAGUAAUCUAUUCAAUCAAAGCAUGGAGCUGUUCCACAAGAUGCAUGAGGAAUUUGAUCAGUCUUUUCAGGCAGCCUUUACCUCUGAGCUGCACACAGCUGGACUGAACCUGAGAGCCCAUUCUCACUCCAAUCACAACUCAAGCCCAGGUUUCUUGGAAAGCCUUGGCCUAGGUGAUGUUUUAGAGUCCUUUGUUGAUUUUGGUAGAAGAAUUUUUGAAGAAUUUAGCUCUGUGAUUACUGAGGAAUUUCGUGGACUUCAGGAGAGUAUGAGUGGUAUGUCGGAGAAGAAACAAGAAAAUGACAUCCUUUCAAGUAUAACUCCAUCGAUGAACAGACAGCUGUGUAGAGACCUCCGCAGGAAUAGUUCAGAAUGCUGGCAGCUUCAGAGCAAGUGUCAAUCUUGCCAAGUCGCAUUGUUUCAAGACUGCCCCAGUUUGCCUGAGCUGCACUCUGAGCUUAAUGAAAUCUCACACCUGAUUAAUGUGUCUAGCCAGCAGUAUGAAGAGGUGCUCCAGAUAGUGCAGCAUCACACUGAGGACACAGUCAGCUGGAUUAAGCAAAUGGCCCAGAGAUUUGGCUGGGUGGCUGAAUUAGCCAACACUACAGUGGAACAUGAGAGUGUUUUCAGCAUUACAACGGUGCUGCCUCAUUCUGGUGAAGGAAAUCCAAUGCUUGCGUCAUACACAACUGUAGAAGUGAAUGUUCUCAACUCACCCACCUUCAUUUUUAAUGUCCCUGGAGAGCUGGAAAUAGAAGACCCUGCCUUUAUUAAAUAUGUGGCUCAGGAGGCGUUAGGACUCUACAAAGAGAUGUCCAAGUAAAUUUCCAAGAUAAGCAGUUUUCAUUCAGGGGAAGGAUUCACCCUGAAGUGAUAACAACAAGAACGCUCAUCUUUGUUUGUGAAAAUGAGAAGAUUUAAGAAUCAUUUUCAUCUUGGCAUCUUACGGGUUUCUAAAUAAUCUUCUAAUCUGCUAAUUAGACAUUGCUAAAUAUGUGUUUGUUGUUAUUAUGUUUAUAACCUUGCUUGCUACAGAUGAUAUACAAUAUAAUUUACAUCGGAAGAAUAAGAGUUUGUGUAAAUCUAAUGUACACAAAUGUCAUCUUAUAUUUUUGUAAAAUUGCCUCACAGCAAACAGGUGUGUUUGAUUGUUCAAUUGUGCAUGUAGCUAUCUAUCAAGCAGACCUGGGAUAAAUAAUGAUUUUGAAUAUUUAAAUAUUUCAAAAUAAUGUUGUUGGGAAUAUUUAUAAAUAUUCAAAUAUUUCAAUUUUUGUUUUAAAUAUAUUUAUAAAUGUUUUACAAUAAUGUGAAACAUAACACAUUAAGUUUUAUAUGAACAGCUGUUUAGUAUUAUCACAUUAAUAUUUACACAAAAUAUUAUCCAGUAUGUAGCAUGCAUGUUUACAGUUUAAAAACAUCUAUAACUUGAAUCAUAACACAAUUUAAUUACACUCGUUAAACUGUUAUCUGCUAUGUUCAGUAUGGCCUAUUGUUUUCCACUGUGAGUUCUAAAGACCCUGAGGAAUGCUUAUGUAAUUGGGUAACAAGCACUUACCCUGACAUGCACAAGGAGGUUUGAGGUAGAGUUCACGGUUUACAAUAUUUACAAGUGGCUUUGAAUUUAUCCGAGGCAUUUUCUGGUAUAAUGAAAUGCAAAGCAGCCUUAGAUGUAGGAAAUAACAUGUUGGUAACAUAAGCAAGUACUAUGUGAGUGACUUGAACUUGAACUGAAGACAGACAGCUUACAUAUAUAUUUGAAAUAUCUGAUAUUUAUAAAUAUUACAUAAAUAUAUUUGUCCCAGGUCUGCUAUCAAGAUUGAUUUUAAUUAACCUGUGUACUAGAGCCAAGGUAAUAUAAUACCGUAUGUUAGUUUUUCUAGAUGUGUAAAUUAAAUUAGAGUUGCAUCAA